AUGACGACCAGCGAUGAGAUGGGCAUGGGGGGCAACUUCUGCCACGACCACAUCCAACAUCCCCUGAUGUGGUGUGACGAGAAGAAGCGUCUCGUGGAGCGCAAAAAUGCGGAGGAGAGUCUACGCAUGUGGCGGCGGAGAAAGGCGGAGGAGUGUGCCCGCAAGGAAAAGGACAAACAGGAGUACUACGACCUCUUCCUACAGCAUUGCCCUUGGGGUCGACCGGGAGGGGGAGCUCCUAAUAUAGAAGUACGCCGCAAGGAUAUCACAGCCGUUGGUCUUCAUUCCACACCAACCGUGGCCACUGCCCACCGGAUGAACUCCCUGCAGCCGUGUCGCUACAACGACUACUUUUCCGUGCAGAAAAAGUGCCAGAACAAUCCGCUGGCUGCCUAUCACCAUCAUCAUCAUCACCAUCCGCCGCCGCCUCCGCCAGGGGGUCGUUUGGGCCAUGCCCAUUCCGUACACCAUCUACAGGAGAGCGGACCCCGGAGCAGCACCGUGACAAUCUGUGAGAGGGAAAUCCCCCACAAGCACGGCGCAGGAGUGGGCGUUGGCCUGGCCAAGAAUGCCAAUGGACACGUGGAUAUCGAGCUGCGGUACAAGCCCUCGCCGCCCUGCAAGGGUAAGCCGCUGCUCGAGAAGAUCGUCGUCAGCGAGAGCGACCAGCGGUGUCCGCUCCAGGAGAAGCUUGCCUCGCAGAAGAAGCGCCUGCAGGCGAAGCUGGAAAAGCCGCCCUGCAAGGAUCCGUGGGGCAAGCCAGGGCCUGGGGGCAAGCCCUGGCGCAGUCCCAAGGAAGUGGGAAAUACAUUCAUGAAAUCGUUGGGCUGGACAAACAAGGAAAUGCUCAAGGAACUUGAUCAGGACAAUCCUGUGACUCCGGCGGAGAAAAACACAUUCCGCAAAUCGAGACCCAACAAACCGCCGAAGCCGCAGCGGUGCUGCGAGCACUGCACCUGCACCUGCCCCGCCAUGAACAGCCCGCUGAAGCCGCCGCCGCCGCCGUGUAAGAGGGCGCUACCGCCUGCCCCACCAAAGAUGGUGCACCACCUGAAGCCGGAGGACUGCAAACCCAUCAGGCUGUGUCCACGCAUGGCCCGCGGUGACACCAGCACAGCCACGCCCAAUGUCAGCGCCACCAAUGGGGGCAACGAUUGCAACGGCGAGGGCGGGGGCGUGGAGCUGGUGCCGCUUCUGGCGCGCAGACGGGGCAUGCACCGGCCGAUAAGCCUGUCCAGCACGGAUGUGACCAAGAGGACGCCCUCGCAUGAUAGGUACGCAUCCAAGCACAAGCCCAAGAACAGUCAACCGACCCAGAUCAAGUGCAUCAACAGCAUCAUCAAGAACAUCGGCCACAUGAAGCGGCUGCCCAAGAAUCUGAGCUGCAAGCUGCAAUGUUGCAGCUGCGAUUGCCCCACAGCCACGGCCACGGGCUGCUGCCUCAAGCGGCUCACAUUGCACAUUCGUUAG